CUGCUCACUGCAGGUACUUUCUGGUGUCUAGGUCUUUGGAAAUCUGUUCUCUGCGUGGAACCAUCUUCUUUACCUCUUGCCUGUCUCUCCAAUUCCUAUUUAGCCCUGUGGAGGCUUUGAAACCAGGGAUUAAGAAGCUUCUCUGGGCUCCCUGACACAGCCUAAUCUCUUUGCACAGUGAUCAUAGAUUUGCUUGCCUCCUCUCCACAACCUCUGAAGGGAGACUAAUUUAUCUCUGUGUCCUCGUGUCCAGCACAGGUGUGAGUACAGAGAACACAGGGCAGGAAGUUCUCUGACCUCAGGGGUGAACCAAUCCAAGAUUAACAUUUCACCUGCUCUGGACAUUUACUGUCCUGACCCAGGGCCUAGUUGGUCUCUCCCGAAGGCUCCCUGGUAGUUCAGGUAUCAGUCCAUAUAUUAACCCCUCUCUACAAUGCCUUGCACCUUACCCACUUCUCCCAGAGGCUUUUUGUAGGCCCUGUGGGAUGUGCCUGGGCCCUUGCACCUGUACCCAAGCCUCUGAGACAGGGCUAUGGGUUCCUCCGGCAACAUGCUUCUAGGGAUGCUAUGUCCUGUGGGAGCUAGGGAAAUCGGUAACCACGACCUCUCUCAGCUCUCGGUCUACCCUGCACCUUGGAGGAGACCUAAGUAAACAAGUCAGGUUCAGCAUCCCCGGGCACAGCCUCCACCCCUGGCCCCAGAAGGAGGCGUCUUGGGUCGUCUCAGGGGAAGACAAGUCCACUGGGUUGGGGCAGAGGGCAGAAACGUUUCUUCAGACAAGUGUCACUUCCUCCUCACUGCCACUCAGUUUGCAUAGCAUGAUCCCUCCCGCUUUCACGGCUGUGCAUCGGGGCCCGUGACUGGCGCAAGUUCACGACCGGCUUUUCCGUUCUGUCUGCCCGACUUCCAGCUGGGGACAGAUACUGUCCACUGGGCUUUCCCGAGGCGUCGAAGGCGCCGGCUGUCCUCGAGGGAGCAGCUGCCGGGCGGCUCUAGGGGACAGACAAAGGCGCAGCCACAGAGGCGCAGGCCCCGCCUAGAAUGGGUGGGUCUGCAGAGACGCGGAGCUCAAGGUCUGGACUCGGCGCGCGGUGCAGAUCUCCUCCGGCUCCGCCCCAACCUGGCUAGACUCGGUCUGAUCUCUGCACUUUUAAGACUCCGCCAGGAGGGUACGGUGGUGGGGAAAGGGUGUGAAUGGCGUCCAACAUAACCUUCCGGGUCCUAAUACCUUCCCCAAAUCCAGCCAACAGGAGUGACACUUCAGCCGCCAGUCGCCGAACCCGUAACCUCAGGGCUCCUGCGCCCCUUCCUCGACGUGCGCUCCUUCCAAUAAGGAAAGGGAUCUUCAAUCCAAUUUGGGCUGAGUCCCUCCCGGUCCUUCCCCGGGCCGUGGGGCCUUGGUUUAAAGAACAGGAGGCGGGAAUAGAAGCCGAACUACAACUUCCAAGAUGUGGCGCGGCUACCUACUUCUCCAUAUUACGUGACUUCCUUCUCCCUGAGGGAGUCACGCGGUAGGGUAGGGGGCGGGGCCAUUGGGCUGGCCCGGAGCACCAGCGGCCUAUGGGUGGCACGGCCCAGUGGGCGCGCGUAGGGGGCAGGGCCGGCUGCUCCGUAGAGCGCGGGAGCGCGCCAGCGGCGGCGGCUGUUGAGGGGCGGGGAAUAUCAGCUAAGGCGGCCGUGGCGGCUUAGGCAGCAGCGACUGGCAGUGGUGGCGGCUUCUGGUGAGGUUCGGCGCGCAGCCAGCUUUAAGUUCGGAACGGAACCCUCGGCGUCGCGGUCUCCGCCCGGAAAGUUUGCCGCGGGGCCGCGAUCUCCUGGUAUGCGCGGCCCGGCAUGAAGCGGCUCUGAGGAGUCGCCGCCGCCGCCGUUUCUGGCGCCGCCGCUGCCUGAGGAGGAGCCGCAGCACCCUGGGCCAAGCCGAUGACUACUGCAAACUGUGGCGCCCACGACGAGCUCGACUUCAAACUCGUCUUUGGGGAGGACGGGGCUCCGGCGCCGCCGUCCUCGGGCUCACGGCCUGCAGAUCUUGAGCCAGAUGAUUGUGCAUCCAUUUACAUCUUUAAUGUAGAUCCACCUCCAUCGACUUUAAAUUCACCACUUUGCUUACCCCAUCAUGGACUACCGUCUCACUCCUCUGUUUUGUCAUCAUCGUUUCAGUUCCAAGGUCACAAAAACUACGAAGGAAGUUGUGAAAUUCCUGAAUCUAAAUACAGUCCAUUAGGUGGUCCCAAACCCUUUGAGUGCCCAAGUAUUCAAAUUACAUCCAUCUCCUGUCAUCAAGAAAUAGAUGCUCAUGAAGAUGAUGUACACAUAAAUGACCCAGCAAGGGAAUUUUUGGAAAGGCCUUCUAGAGAUCAUCUCUAUCUUCCUCUUGAGCCAUCCUACCGGGAGUCUUCCCUUAGCCCUAGUCCUGCCAGCAGCAUCUCUUCUAGGAGCUGGUUCUCAGAUGCAUCUUCUUGUGAAUCUCUUUCACAUAUUUAUGAUGAUGUGGAUUCAGAGUUGAAUGAAGCUGCUGCCCGAUUUACUCUCGGAUCCCCUCUGACUUCUCCUGGUGGCUCUCCAGGAGGCUGCCCUGGAGAGGAGUCCUGGCAUCAACAGUAUGGACUUGGACACUCCUUAUCACCCAGGCAAUCUCCUUGCCACUCUCCUAGAUCUAGUGUCACUGAUGAGAAUUGGUUGAGCCCCAGGCCAGCCUCAGGACCCUCAUCAAGGCCUACUUUCCCCUGUGGGAAAUGGCGGCACUCUACUGCUGAUGUUUGUUAUGCUGGGUCCCUUUCACCCCAUCACUCACCUGUUCCUUCUCCGGGUCACUCCCCCAGGGGAAGUGUAACAGAAGAUACCUGGCUCAAUGCUUCUCUCCAGGGUGGAUCAGGCCUUGGUCCUGCACUUUUUCCAUUUCAUGUAGAGACUGAUAUCCCUCUGAAAUCAAGGAAGACUUCUAAAGAUCAAGCUACUGUACUACCAGGAAAACUAGAACUCUGUUCAGAUGACCAAGGGAGUUUAUCACCAUCCCAAGAGACUUCGAUAGAUGAUGGCCUUGGAUCUCAGUAUACAUUAAAGAAAGAUUCAUCUGGUGACCAAUAUCUUUCAGUUCCUUCACCUUUUACCUGGAGCAAACCAAAACCUGGCCACACCCCUCUCUUUCGCACAUCUUCAUAACCUCCACUAGACUGGCAUUUACCAACUCAUUUUGGACAAUGUGAACUGAAAAUAGAAGUGCAACCUAAAACUGAUCAUCGAGCCCAUUAUGAAACUGAAGGUAGCCGAGGAGCAGUAAAAGCAUCUACUGGGGGACAUCCUGUUGUGAAGCUCCUGGGCUAUAGUGAAAAGCCGAUAAAUCUACAGAUGUUUAUUGGAACGGCAGAUGAUAGAUAUUUACGACCUCAUGCAUUUUAUCAGGUGCAUCGAAUCACUGGGAAAACAGUUGCUACUGCAAGCCAAGAGAUAAUAAUUGCUAGUACAAAAGUUUUGGAAAUUCCACUUCUUCCUGAAAACAAUAUGUCAGCCAGUAUUGACUGUGCAGGUAUUUUGAAACUCCGCAAUUCAGAUAUAGAACUUCGAAAAGGAGAAACUGAUAUUGGCAGAAAGAAUACUAGAGUACGACUUGUAUUUCGCGUACACAUCCCACAGCCCAAUGGAAAAGUUCUUUCUCUGCAGACAGCUUCUAUACCUGUAGAGUGCUCCCAGCGGUCUGCUCAAGAACUUCCUCAUAUUGAGAAGUAUAGUAUCAACAGUUGUUCUGUAAAUGGAGGUCAUGAAAUGAUUGUGACUGGAUCUAAUUUUCUUCCAGAAUCCAAAAUCAUUUUUCUUGAAAAAGGACAAGAUGGACGACCUCAGUGGGAGGUAGAAGGGAAAAUAAUCAGGGAAAAAUGUCAAGGGGCUCACAUUGUUCUUGAAGUUCCUCCAUAUCAUAACCCAGCAGUUACAGCUGUAGUGCAGGUGCACUUUUAUCUUUGCAAUGGCAAGAGGAAAAAAAGCCAGUCUCAACGUUUUACUUACACACCAGUUCUGAUGAAGCAAGAACACAGAGAGGAGAUUGACUUGUCUUCAGUUCCAUCAUUGUCUGUGCCUCAUCCUGCCCAAACCCAGAGGCCUUCCUCAGAUACAGGACACCCAUGUGACAGUGUACUGUCAGCACAGAGAAGCUUGGUUUGUCCCAUCCAGCAAACAUACGCAUCCAUGGUAACCUCAUCCCAUCUGCCACAGUUGCAGUGUAGGGAUGAGAGUGCUGGUAAAGAACAGCAUAUGAUGCCUUCUUCAGUUGUUCACCAGCCUUUUCAAGUCACACCAACACCUACUGCGGGGUCUUCCUAUCAGCCUAUGCAAACUAAUCUGUACAAUGGACCAACUUGUCUUCCUAUUAAUGCUGCCUCUAGUCAAGAAUUUGAUACAGUUUUGUUUCAGCAGGAUGCAGCACUUCCUAGCUUAAUAAAUAUUAGCUGUCAACCACCAUCCAUACCUUUUCAUUCUUCAAAUUCAGGCUCAACAGGACAUCUCUUAGCCCACAUACCUCAUUCAGUGCAGACUCUGCCUCAUCUGCAGUCAAUGGGGUACCACUGUUCAAACACAGGACAAAGAUCUCUUUCUUCUCCAGUGGCUGACCCAGUCACAGGUCAGCCUUCUUCUCAGUUACAACCCAUUACAUAUGGUCCUUCACAUUCAGGGUCUGCUACAACAGUUUCCCCAGCAGCCUCUCAUCCCUUGGCCAGUUCACCACUUUCUGGGCCACCGUCUCCUCAGCUCCAGCCAAUGCCUUACCAAUCUCCUAGCUCAGGAACUGCCUCAUCACCAUCUCUAGCCACCAGAAUGCAUUCUGGACAGCACUCUACCCAAGCACAAAGUACAGGCCAGGGAGGUCUUUCAGCAACUUCAUCAUUAAUAUGUCACAGUCUGUGUGAUCCAACUUCAUUUCCACCUGAAGAGACAACUGUGAACAUUAAACCUGAACCUGAAGAGCAGGAACCUAACUUUUCAACAAUUGGUCUACAGGACAUCACUUUAGAUGAUGUGAACGAGAUAAUUGGGAGAGACAUGUCCCAGAUUUCCGUUUCCCAAGGAGCAGGGGUGAGCAGGCAGCCUCCCCUCCCAGGUCCUGAUUCCCUGGAUUUAGGAAGAUCCGGCAGGCCCUGACACUGCUCACUGCAGCCUCAUGGCCAUCACCAUGUUCUUCUCAGCAGGUUUCUCUCCUUGGACCUUGGGUCUCCAACUCUGUGGUCUUCGGGACUGAUGCCAGAAGUUGGGAUCAUUGUAUGUGGGGAAAGCAGCAUUCCUCCUCCUUAGGCCUUGUGUAGACUUUGUACAAGACCAGGAGCAGCUUAGGCUGUUCGAGCUUUGGGGAAAUGAGCUUUGCCUUUUAUAUUUAAAUAAGAUACUUUUAUAUGAUGGGUGCUUUGAGUGUGAAUGCAGCAGGCUCUCCAUUUCAGAGGUGCUGCUUUUGCAGGUGACCUGGUUGCUUAGUUAGGAUUAAUAAUUUCUACUGCUUUAUGGUCAUUUGAAGGACCCUUUAGCUUUGAUAUUUUUUAAAUAGGAACUUUUGAUAAAAUCUUCCCGAGGUAAAUGUAAAAAAAAUUAUUUGAAGCCCACGUCUAUGCCUCAGAAACUCAGCAUGUGUCCUAAAGCCUUUCAUAGAUUUAUAGGAAAUAAAGCCAAAUGUAGCUCGCUCUUCUUUAUAAAAGUAAACUGUUAGAUGAAAUGAGAAGAGACCAUUCCAAUCACUGAAGUGUUGGAAUAUGAAACAACAUUCCAGAGCAUAGCUUUUUUGUAGCUUUCUAGGUACUCUUUCUGCAAUCUCUUCAUACUGACUCCAUGUUGAAACUGUUUUUUUCCCUCAGAGCCUUGAGUAAAAUAGCUACAUGAGAUGUGACUUGGAAAGGUGGGGUUUUUAGCUUGGUAGCUUUAAUUACCUGCCAUCCUACAAACAAGGAGGCUGUGGAGCGUUCUUCCCUUUUGUGUCUUCUGGUCCCAGACCUUGUCCAAGUGGGAGCAUCUGCAUUUUGCUGCUCUGUAACUUUGGAAGCCUGUCUCACGAUGGUUUAGGCAACUUUGCUGGUUCUGAUUCGUCUCUAGCAGCCAGGUUGUGUCAGAGACUUAAGCACAAAUGAGCUAUGCUUCAGGACAGGGGCAGAGAAAAUGGCAGGACUCUAGAUGGGAAGCUUUUAUGAUUGACACUGACGUGGAAGGCUUACCUCUCAUUUUGUUUACAGCCUAAAAUGAUUCUGGCCUGCUCUGUCCCAUCUGCAUGGCCUAAAAACAAGCCUUUUCCCAGAAAGGCUUUGAGGCAAAUCCAGAAGUGAGACCCUCCACACCAAAGAUGCCCUGGUGCUGUUGCUGGUGAGGCUGGCACCCAAGGCAGGGGGCCAGCAAGAAAUGCCAGCCUGCUGUCUACCAAAGGAGGCGCCCAGGUUGGGUGCUUUUCUCAAACCCUGCCCAUACCCUUACCCUGUAAUGAGAUUAGUUACUUGUUCCAAGGCCUGGGCCAAUUUUAAAGUUCCUGAAGUCUGCAGUAUGUUUUCAAAUGAAGUGAUAUACAGUUGACCCUUGAACAACAUGGAGGUUAGGGGCACUGACCCCAACACACAGAAGUUCAUAUAACUUUUGACUCCUCAAAAACUUUUCUAAUAGCAUACUGUUGACCAGAAGCCUCACUGAUAACAUACGUUAUAUUGCUUGUAUUAUAAACAUACACGUUUUGUUUUAUUAUAAAUUGUAUUCUUAUAAAGUAAGCUAGAGAAACUGUUUUUCACAUUGCCACAAACCCCCCCCCCCCCGAAACUUUUUCAGUAUAGUUUUUGAAAAAAUCCGCAUAUAAGUAGACCUGUGCAGUUCAAACCUGUGUUGCUCAAGGGCCAACUAUACUUUCACUGAUUUAGGAAGCAUGUUUUUCGAGACAGGGCUGGCCAGAGGCUUUAUGCUGUUAUUCUAGGGGAUUGUGGGUCCUAGAUGCCAGGACCCUUUCCUGAGGCCGAGCAAAGGACUGGGCAGAGGAACCAGGCUCCUCGCCAAUCAGCUCUCAUCAGCCAGUAGGAGCUGCAGACCCAGGAUGAGGAAGUAUGGUCUUUUUUUUUUUUUUUAAGCCAUGUUCUAGAUUUCUCCCCUAAAACUAGUUAGAGAAAAAUGUGUAUUCCUGAGCAAGUCACUCUGGUCCCUCUUGGCGCUGGGUAUUUUCAUGUUUUCUUUGAAAGUGCAUUUUGUGUCAUUGAGUAUGAAUAGUGAGGUUUGCUCCCAGGCCUGUGGUUGGAAGCCCACAGCUUCCUUUAAAAGGGGUUGUAGGAGGCUGGCCCCUGAGGUGAAGUUACAGACUGCUGGCCAGACCUGCCUCUACCCUCUUGCUCCUGGUGUAGCUGCUUCACAUAGGGUUCUUGCAGGAGUCCCCUUGCAAGACUGUUUGGGGGUUGCUCUGCUGCCCUCAAGAAUAAAAGCCUCUAUGAUCCAGAGUUGCUAUGCACCAAAUUUUGAUGCCUUUUAAAUACCUUGAUGCCUGUAGCACUAGAAAUGCUAUCCUAUUUAAAAUAAAAGUCAAAUUUUAAAAGCUU